UUUUGAAGGACCGGAAGUCUCAGUGUUUAGGUUGAGGAGGCGGAAGACGCUCAGCUGUUAUUUACGUUCUUGGCCAAACCGAGACACAAUUUUGACGACAAAUGUAACAGUUUCACACAAGACCACGAUGGAGUUCACACCGAGGCGCAUCUUUGGGGUUAAACCCUCCAAAGCGACCUUUCUGCUACCUUUUCUUGUGUCCGUCCUGCUCGUCGGCAGCCAAGGCGACAGCAAUGCUGCGUUGGACAACGUCGUUACCGAAAGGAUGGCUGAGGAGAGCCACCGGCAGGACAGUGCAUACCUGCUCAUAUUUAUCAUGCUUCUGACACUCACCAUUCUGACGAUUUGGUUGUUCAAACACCGGCGGGUUAGAUUUCUCCACGAAACGGGUCUUGCUAUGAUCUAUGGCCUAUUGGUAGGUGUGAUCCUGCGAUUCGGCAUCCACGUGCCUCAAAGCAUGAGUGAUGUGAUCCUUGGCUGCGCCGUCAACGCCAGUCCCGCCACUCUGUUGGUCAACGUCAGCGGGCGGUUUUACGAGUACACCCUCAAGGGGGAGGUCACUCCGGGCAGUGGCCACCAAGAUGACGAGAUGCUGCGAAAGGUGACCUUUGACCCAGAGGUGUUUUUCAACAUUUUGCUGCCUCCCAUAAUCUUCCAUGCAGGUUACAGCUUGAAAAGGAGGCAUUUCUUCAGAAACAUUGGCUCCAUCUUGGCUUAUGCUUUCUUGGGAACAGUUAUAUCCUGCUUUGUUAUUGGGCUCAUCAUGUAUGGCUUUGUGUCCUUUAUGAAAGUUGUGGGCCAACUUGGGGGGGAUUUUUACUUCACUGAUUGCCUCUUCUUUGGAGCUAUCGUCUCAGCAACAGACCCGGUGACGGUGCUAGCGAUCUUCAAUGAGCUAAAAGUAGACGUCGACUUGUACGCGCUGCUGUUUGGGGAGAGUGUCCUCAAUGACGCUGUGGCCAUCGUCCUGUCCUCCUCUAUCGUGGCGUAUCAGCCUGCAGGAGACAACAGCCACAGCUUUGAGGCCAUGGCUGUGCUGAAAUCCUUGGGCAUCUUUGUGGGUGUCUUCAGUGGAUCCUUUGCACUUGGAGUGGCUACAGGAGUCAUGACUGCUUUCGUGACCAAGUUUACCAAGCUUAGGGACUUCCCUCUGCUGGAGACGGCUUUGUUUUUCCUCAUGUCUUGGAGCACCUUCCUUUUGGCCGAGGCCUGCGGGUUCACAGGCGUGGUAGCGGUGCUGUUCUGUGGGAUGACUCAGGCUCAUUACACCUUCAACAACCUUUCUCCUGAAUCUCAAGACAGAACCAAACAGUUGUUCGAGCUGUUGAACUUCCUGGCGGAGAACUUCAUCUUCUCCUACAUGGGUCUGACACUCUUCUCCUUCCAGUCACAUGUCUUCAACCUGCUGUUCAUCAUCGGCGCCUUCGUGGCCAUAUUUCUCGGCAGGGCUGCAAACAUCUACCCCCUGUCCUUCCUUCUCAACCUGGGCCGCAGAAACAAGAUCGGAUCAAACUUCCAACAUGUUAUGAUGUUUGCAGGUCUGCGUGGGGCCAUGACCUUCGCCCUGUCCAUCCGGGACACGGCUACCUACGCUCGUCAGAUGAUGUUCUCCACCACCCUCCUGAUUGUCUUCUUCACCGUGUGGGUCUGUGGAGGUGGCACCAUGCCCAUGCUGUCGUUCAUGAGCAUACCAGUGGGUGUGGACUCUGAUCAAGAAAACUCUAGUUCUGCUGUGUUGGACGGCUCACAGAGGAGGAGCACCAAACAAGAGAGCGCCUGGCCCUUCAGAAUUUGGUACAACUUUGAUCACAACUACCUGAAACCUCUCCUGACCCACAGCGGUCCUCCUCUCACUGCGACUAUGCCGGCUUGUUGUGGGCCGUUGGCACGAUGUCUGACCAGUCCGCAGGCCUACGAGAACGAAGGUCAGCUUCACGACAAUGACUCUGACUUCAUCCUGAACGACGCCAAUGUGAGCUCCAUGUACGCUGACGUCACCGUCAGCACAGACGCGUCUGGAUCCCGCACCGUCAACCCCAAACCCAGGGGCACCCCGUUCAAUGACAGCCUGGAUCACGAGCUCUCCCAGCCGGACCAGGACGUGGCGAUCCACGGUACACGGCUCGUCUUACCAAUGGACGACCCCGUAGAGCCCCCGAUUACUGUCACCCUCCCACCGCCACCCUCUCCACCCCGUUCAGAGCCUCACAGACACCGGCUGUAGGAAUGUUAGCACCAUCAGAAGUUGGGUUUUUGUUUUGUCUCAGAUUUUAAAAAUGAUCAAAAAACACAUCGAUCUGUUAGUUUUGGAUCCAAUUCCUUUAAAAAAAAAAGUCAAAGUUCGGCGUGUACGAGUUUUUUUUAAGUAAUUAUGAAUUUUAUCAUCUUCCUUAUUAUUUCACUCUAGUAAGAAAUGGUACUUUUAAACUCACUGCUAUUACAGAGGCUAACAGCUCUGUUUGCACGACUGAGGUUAUAACCUAAGCUAUGACUGGAUUGCUGAUCCAAGCAGAAUUUUUCAGCGGAGCAGCUUUUAUUUGAUCGGGUUGCGAUCAUCAGCAAAGAGAACGACACGUUUGAUAGUGGUACGAAUAUUUAACGCACCAAAAACAAAUUGUCGGAUCAGUAAGAGAAAACAGACUGAUUCCAGCGCUAACACUGGCCGUCUCACUGCUUCUGGAUCCGCCUUUACUUAUUUAACACAAAUGAUUUAUUUAUGUUACGAUCACUUUUGUUUAUUUAUUGUUUAUUUAUUGUUUGUUUGGUGACGCCCAUCACUGACAGGUGGUGAAAGAUCACCUUUACUCAAAUUUUUUGUUUAAAAAAAAUACAAAACUAAAACAUCUCCAACUUUUGCGGUGAAUACUUCACGAGAGAGAUUUAUUCCAGGAGUUGUCCUCCUGUCCUUGUAGCACAUGUUUUCAUUCAUACUUCUGCAUCUAGAUCUUCCCUGUGUGUGUGUGCGCGUGCGUGUGUGCGUUUGUUUAUUAUAUAUGUGUGUUUGGCUAGUCUGAUCUAAUCUGAUAUCGUAUUAGGGCUAAUCUGGGUUUUCUUCUGUCGUUGGUUUUUAUAUUCUAAAGAUGUAAAACUGCCGUGUCUUUGUGAUAUUGCGUCAUCAGAGAUCAAACUGGGCUGGAUGAACUGUACAGAACUAAAGUGCCUCUUCGGGAAUUCCAUUUACAUUUUUAAAUUUUACUUAAAUACGUUAAGCCGAUUCCUUUGAUUUUAAAUACGACGUUGGUCUUGUUUGAACAAUCCCAGUAUUCCCAGAUUAUUAGAUGGAUUAUUAUUAUAUAAAUAGAAUAUAACAAUAAAAAGGUACCACCACUUUUCUGUUUAGCUGAUGACAUUGUGCACUUAAAAAAAAACAAGCUAAUCUUUUUCUGACCUCAUUAAUCUCCCUAGAUCCAUCCGCUCUUUCAUCCUGAUUUUGCUUGAGCUAAUGUUGUUUUUUAUGAAUGAAGUUCACGAUGUUCGAGUUUCUGCAUCCUCUCGUGGGGAUGUGGUUUAAAUGAAAAGAUAAAAUACUUUUAUGAGAUUUUGUGGAAAACGAUAACUAUUCUAACAUGCUUGUAGAAAUCGUCUUUGUGUGGAGUACGACUUCAGUAGGUCCAGGUCCAUGUUUGAAUGUUUUCUUUUUUUAACCCCGAGAACUAAUGUCAGUGGGUCGUGAGUGUAAUCUGGAAGUUAAUAAUGGUUUAUUGUCAGCUUGACAUCAUCCACGUGUAUUAAAGUAAAUAGAAAAUACCAGGUUACGAUGAGUGAUGGAAUAACUUUAAUGUUUUGUACGCAGACGUGAAGUUUGAAUGGUGAUUGUUGUUCUGAAAAACUGGAGAAAGCUCAUUUCUGAUGCUAAAACAUUAAUAAAUUGUAUUAUUUAAUAAAAUUGGAGGUCAACAUGUUUCAGCUUAA